AUGUCGAAUGUCAUGAAUUUUGAAGGUGAUAGUGAAACAACCUUAGUUCAAGAGAAUGAUUCAUUUAGUGAUAUCUUGCCCAAGUUAUCUUGCAGAAACCCUGAAGAAAGAUCUACGGGUAGUGUGUUACUUUUAAAGGAGAUCCGGAGGUUAGAGAACGAUCUUGAUCGACAAAUACGAGAUCUUACGAAGAAAGAGUUUGCUUUGAAAAGGGCAGUGAAAAUAAUGCAAACUUACGACAACGAACUCAAGACUAUCGAAUUAAUAAAUAAAUGGAGGUCUAUAUGUCAAUGUGGGAUGUCUUACAUGUUGAAUACCAUAUUGGUUAAAAUUGAUCGAAUGGGCGGUUAUCAAGAGUAUAAGCGGAAAGAAAUAGAGGCAAGAAAGCGCCAAGUUGAGUAUCAAUACGAUGACGGCAUUCAACAACAAAUGGAAGAGAUCUUGGAAUCUCCGGACUUCUUUCAUUUGCCAAUUGAAGAAAAGGAAGAAAUCAGGGAACGGAUGGAUGAGAAAGUGAGAGAAGCAGAAGAAAUGAAACAGAACGAACUCCAGAAAUUUGAGAAUGAACUAAGGAAAGAAGAUAAUGAUGAAAUGACUUUGCAGGAGCUAGCGGCUAAACUAAAAGUUGACUAUGAUAUGGUAUAUACUAAUCAAUAA